CUGAUCCAAAGUCAGAAAGAAAAUUACAAUGUUUGGAUGUUUCGUUAAAACAUAUGGUCUUCAUUGAAAAAUUUUCAUACUUAUCAAAGUCAAAAUUUUAAGUGACAAAGACGACCAAUGAAGUCAUUCAAACCAAUGAAGCACGAUCUUGUGCAGACGGUGCACGAUAAAUUCACCGAGUUCAUGGUAGAGGAAACGCAGAAGAUGCCCGUGUACGAAAAGAAAGCGUUCCUGAAAAAGCGUUUUAAGUCCGAGAAGACGCCAAAUUUCAUUAGGAUCUCAUCGGCACUGAGUGCUAUGAUCGGAUGCGCCGCGAUUCUGCUCUUGAAGAAUUACUACGAAUGCUCCCAAGUCGAUAUCACCUAUUCGGUAAUGUUCAUACUUGCCCUCCUUGUGGUGGGCCAAAUCUACGACACGUUUCACAUGUUUAGGAUCGGUGCAAGCACGGGGAAAACACGUUUCUUCAAACAGAAUCACCUUCGUCAAUAACCUUAAAGAACACACUUUGAAUAAAUUUUUGGCUAUUUUAUUUCUGUA